CUGUUUUUCUCUGAUAGUGAAAAACAGAAACACAGCUCAUUUCUCUUCUCACCGGCUGUGAUACAACACAGUUCCUCCAGUUUUGUUAUGCUCUUUUACGUUCAGCGCAACGGACCAGGCUGCCUUAACUAAGUCUUUUAUGUAAAACCCCUCACAAGUUCAGUGAAGUACACCAAGAGAUAAAGUCACUCUGAGCCUCUUCAUCAGCGUCAUCAUCUCACUUCCAGCUUCUGCAGUGUAGCCAUUCAGAGCAUCAAUAACUCUUCAGAUUCCCUGGACACCAUGAUUCAGUGACUCAUUUUACCAACUUAACGUUUCCUGAGUCAGCCGAGUACCAUGCCGCAACCAAAUGGCUACUCCGUCCACUCACCCCGUUCGAACGAGAGCGAGGACAGCGAACCUCUCAUCGAGAAUGAUGCAGUCCAUCCCCAGUGCUGCUCGGUUCGCCUCAACCUGGCCAUCCUGAUGUUCUUCGGCUUCGCCGUGGUCUACGGUCUCCGGGUCAACCUCAGUGUUGCCAUGGUAGCCAUGGUGAAUAACACUGACCCCACACUAGCCAAGAACAGCUCGGUAUCCCAGGCUUGUCCGGUGCCAACAGGGACGGAAAACACCACAGAUUCCUUCCUGCAACCUGAGGGGAUCCCUCAGUACCUGUGGGACUCUGAGACUCAGGGCUGGCUGCUGGGAGCCUUCUUCUUCGGUUACCUGUGCACACAGAUCCCGGGGGGGUACCUGUCCGGUCACUACGGGGGCAGCAUCUUCCUGGGUUUGGGUGUCCUUGGCACUGCUGCCCUCACUCUGCUCACCCCUCUGGCUGCUCAGAUGGGGUCAUACUGGCUGUUUGCUCUAAGAGCGCUGGAGGGCUUUGGGGAGGGUGUGACGUUCCCGGCCAUGAUGGCGAUGUGGGCUCGGUGGGCUCCUCCUCUGGAGCGCUCUCGCCUGAUGACCCUGUCGGGGUCUGGGGCCAACUUCGGGGCCUUUUUGGCUCUGCCGCUCACAGGCUACAUCUGCCAGACCUUAGGCUGGCCCGCCGUCUUCUACAUCUGUGGGGGUUCUGGUUGCCUCUGGGCUGUCCUUUGGUUUAUUUUUGUUUCCGAUGACCCUCGCACCCAUCGUCGAAUCAGCAAAGAGGAGAGAGAUUACAUCAUAAACGCCACUGGACCUCAGGGUACAGGUCACGGCUGGUCCGUGCCCCUGCUGCCCAUGCUGCUGUCGGUCCCCCUGUGGGCCAUCAUCAUCACCCAGAUGUGUUCAAACUGGUCCUACUACACGCUGCUCACCUCCCUGCCCAGCUACAUGAACAACAUCCUGCACUUUGACCUGAAAUCGAAUGGCUUCCUCUCUGCUCUGCCGUACCUCGGCGCCUGGUUGUUCUCCAUGCUGUCGGGUGUUGUGGCGGACCUCCUCAUCGAGAGGAGGGUGUUCAGCGUCACCGUCGUACGUAAGCUCUUUACACUCGCGGGUUCACUGCCCGCUGCAGCUUUCCUCGUGGCUGUGAAUUACGUGGGCUGCAGCCACAUCCUCACCGUCAUCUUCCUCACACUCUCCACAACCAUAGGAGGAGCCACUGCCCCCGGAGUCUUCAUCAACCAAAUAGACAUCGCUCCUCGAUAUGCAGGAUUCCUUCUGGGAAUCACAAACACAUUCGGGACCAUUCCUGGAGUUGUGGCACCUAUUGUAACAGGAUACUUUACUGAGGACCACACCCUGGAAGGCUGGAGGAAGGCAUUCUGGAUGGCAGCCGGGAUCAACAUCGGCGGCGCUCUCGUCUACACCAUCUUUGGCAGCGGGAAGAUCCAGCCGUGGGCCAUGACGGAGGAGGAGAGAGCUGAAGCUGAGAAGAGGAGGAGCAGGUCCAUCUCCACAUAAAACACGUUGUUGUGCAGCUUUGAAAGAGCUUUGACUCCGCAAACUGAUGCAGAAGUGAUAGGAGUAUAUGCAGUAUUCACUCAACAAAUGUGAAGAGUGUGAGAGGUGUAGCUGCAAUAUUAUUAGCCAAGGAUAGCAUAAACAUUCAUAUCAUUGGACCAGGAUCGUUAGAUCAAGAGUAAUUUUAGUGUUUCUACAGUGUUUUUAUCAAGAAUAUUCACCUGUGUUUCUUUUCCUGGAAAGUUUAUAACCAGCUGAGCGUUUUAAUUCAUUUGCACAAUAUUCCAGCAAAGAAAUUCAGGAUUAUAGAGCAGUUUUAUACAUCAAAUCUCAUUUUAGGCAUAUUACUAGAGGAGGGUUAGUGUGAGUGGACAGAUUUGCACAAAAAAAAAACCAUUACAACAUGAUUCAACAUCUACUGGACAUUCACUGCCUUUACCAGUCAGGAAAUUGUGAUUAUUUUUUACAUUUGUUCUGUUUAGUGUUGUUAAAUGUCACAGGCGCGUAGUUUAACUCCGUAAUAUUUACAUUACGACGAGUGAUAUUUGCAUUGACCCUACAUUAUCUCAGGUUUGACCAAAACAAAUCAAUUUGUGUGAUAUUUUCAGCACGUUUGAAAGCUUUUCCUGGACUGUGAGCGAGACGGACCAGAUGUUUCAUGAACAAACCACACACUUUGCUGAAAAGGAAUUUAAAGUGUUGCUUUGUUUACAGCCGUAUCUGUUUUCUGCUACUUCUAGGCUCUCCAGUAGGACCAAAAGUGGCACUUUUCACAUUUAAAAAUACACCAGAAAGCCUUAUAUUUUAUAACACUGCCAAUAUUUGGCAAAAUGAUCUUUCUAGGAGAUGAUUUUAUUCAAUCUUUAGAAAGUUAAGCCUCUUCAGUUUCAUCAGGAAAACCAAAGCACCUUACACUGCCAGGAUUUAGUGAAAGUGCUGCAAAUAUGACUUACCUUGGUGUAGAUUUGCAGUGUUUUUUAUUGUUUCUGUGAGUUCACUGCCUCAUCAAAUUGCCACCUUGUGUUUGUAAUUCCUUCAACUACAAUACUCGUUCUUUUUUAUAGGAAAUAGGACGUUUGAAAACAUCUCACCAUCUUUGUCAAAUGCAAGUUUGUCACGGUAUACAGUGAUUGUAAAGAUAUGCUGUUUUUAAAUGGAUGCAAUGAUUUUUUUUUACCAUCUCUGUGCUUUGAACAUGUGUGAUGUCAUACAGGUGUGUUAAAUAUGUUUAUGCCUUAGUUUUUAAUUUAUUGUGAAAAGAAUCAAGUUUGUUUUACUGAGCAGAACGUGUGUGUGUGUGUGUGUGUGUGCACGCGUGCACCCGUGCAUCCAGACUAUUGUGUUGUUACAGACAGCCUCUAGUCAGCUAUAAUCAAAGAAAGAAUAAAGAAUACCAGAAUCAGCUUUAUAAAGACUUGUGUGUAACUGUAUAAUAUACAGCUGGUAAAAGCCUGCAGUUCGCAGAGACAUUACUGGGACAGAUCCUCAUUGUCCACAUCUGUUUGGUUUAAUUUUUGCUCACAACAUUAUAUUUCCUCUAGAAGUGCAGCCUGUGUUUUUAGUGUCUCUGCAGAAGUUGUGUUAAUGUCUUUGGGUAAACACACGGAUUGUGUUCUGUCUUGUUUGAGUCCACAUUAACCACCUGUGAACGUUUUUAACCAAGCACCUACAUUUACUCACU